CCUUUCCCUAAUGGUUGCUAGCUUUUUUGUAUGUAAGAAGUACAGGUAGUUCUCAACUUACCACCACAACUGAACCCAAAAUUUAUGUUGUUAAAUGAGCUUUGCCCCAUGUUUUGACUUCUUUUUUUGCCACAGUUGUUAAUGAAUGCAGUGAAUCACUGCAGUUGAUACAUUAGUAACCCAGUCGCUAAAGUGAAUUGGGCUUUCGCAUUGACUUUGUUUGUCAGAAAGUUGCAAAAGGGGAUCGAUCACAUGACCCCGGGAGACAGUAAUGGUCAUAAAUACGAACCCGUUGCCAAGCGUCUGAAUUUUGAUGACAUGACUGUGGGGAUGCUGCAAAGGUCGUAACUGAAAAAUUGUCGUAUAAGUCACAUUUUUCAGUGCUGUCAGUCGAGGACUACCUAUAUUUAUACACACAAGCAAUGCAGGUUUCAGUUGCUUGGAGUUUGCUUGGACUAGAGAUGGUCUCUGAACUGGGCAUCCAGUAGAAGGUAUUCUGAUGUUACAUGCAUAAUACAAAUUAUAUAAAGUUUGCAUCAUUCCCAUCGUGGCUCAAAUGUCAGGCAGUGUGUGCAUGUGAUGUCUUGCCCUUUGCCUCCCCUUGCAGAUGCUCUGAAAUCACGUACUAAUUACAAUGUUGUUUAUAUUCGAAUGGGCUUGUAUUGGAUAAGUGUCUUCAAGCUUAUCUUUUUGCAACAGUAGUUCAUUUUUGUGUUCAAAAUAGCUGUCACUUGGACAUUUAGCAAUAAUUCUGAAUCUUUCUGGACAUUUGGCCUUUUAAAAGGUCAGGUAGAUGAAGUGGAAACUCAGAGGCUGCAUUUCUCUUCUUAGGUACAAAUUGCUAAUUGAAGCCAUCUUGGAAGUACUGUAGUCGUAUUUUACUGGUAAAUUGGAGUUGUUUCUUUUCAAGCUAUUUAAUUUACAAAUAUAUGACCCAAGAAGCGUACUUUUGAGACCUUACUUGCUAGGCUGGGCUAAGCCCCACCUUUCCCCUCUUGUCACUUCUUCUCAUCAUUUCUGGGAAUACACAAAUACCUCUUUUCUCUCAUCAAUACAGCUGCUUUAAAUGAGCCUAGUGGAUUUAGAUUUUAUGUGCUGUCCAAUAUAACUGCUUUUGUAUCUGCUGCAUCAUUAAUGCUAAUUUACUAGGAUGAACACUUUGGAUGAAUACUAUAGGAUGAAUACUAUAGUAAACAACUCUUGGGUUUAUUGAAAUGGAAAUCCAGCUUGCAUGUCUCUGAAGCAUCCAAAUAACCAUUUGGCUUUCAAGUGGAAGAAAGUAGCAUUAUCUCCUUGAUUCAUUAAGCUUGUCUAUAAAAUUGAAAAAUUCAAGCAGAUUCAGUGCUACUCAUACAUUUAAUUGUCAAGGAAAUUUUAAAAUUCUGAUUGCACUAAUUGUUUUUUUUUUUUUUUGGAAAAUGACUUUUUAUACUUCUAUGUUUAUAAACAUAAUGGUUCCUCUUUCCCCAAUUUGUUUAACAUAAGUUCAUGUUGAGGUGAUUAUAAAUUGUGCUUAUACAUAAGGGCUAAAACACUUAAAUACUCAUAAUGCAGCUCACAAUACAGCUAUGGAGGUAUUUCAGGAAUAAAAUGCUUGGGUUAUCGUCCCUAAAUCUGCAACCCAUUAAUGUAACCACUUAGAAAUGAACACAAAAGGUAAUUGUCUGGUUAAGAGGAACAAUGAUCCUUACAGAGAACUUUAAAAAGCAAGUUAGAUAUUACCUAGAUCUUCCAUAAAGUGACAGUAGGGGAGUUAAUCUGGAAGAUUUCCCAUAUUUUAUGAUCACUAUGGUGAAAUAUGAUUCAUUUAAGGAAAAGAUUGGUCUAGAUUAGAUUUCACACAAUGGAGUAUUGAAUUUGGCUAUUGGUUUGAAUAGUGUGCGAUGUACUGCUGUGUUUAUAAGCAUUUAGCUAGAACGAUCACACCAGAGGAGAAAUCAGACCAAAGAAAUUUUUUUUUCCUGUUCUAUAAAUGCUGAUAAUUGGAAUUUCUGGCACCAAAAAGGAGAAACCAAAAAACGAAACAGAUGACCAUGUCAAGAGAAGGGUUGUUCUAGCCUGAGCAGGUGCCAUGGAAUAAACCACAAGCUAUUACUUUAAGUCCCAUCUGGAUUGAAGAGCUUUUCUUCUUUGUGCCACCAUAUUAAAAUGCAAAGCCAGUCUGCUUUGAGUGCCAAGGCACAGAGGAAUUCUUAAAACCUGCCAACCUAAAGACACCGCUUUGAAACCCAAUGUAAAAACACUGAAGCAGUCCAAAUUCUUUAGCAACGCAUGACAAGGUCCAUGUUUUCCUACAAUUCUGUCGGUUGGGUGAAAAUAAUAGGCAGCUCUCAAGAAAUACAAGAUGAGUGAUUAGCUUUGGAAAGGAACCGAGGCUGCCGUCCUUAGUUCAUCAAGCCUGAGACUGCAGUGCCAGUAUUGCCCGUGCAAAUGAUGGAUUUUCCAUUUCCAUCUUCUAGAAUUGGAGGGGGCAGGUCACUGGCCUGUUUUUCAAAGAAUGUGUCAUACUUAUUGGCUCUGCUUUUUCCACACUGAAAAACCUAUGGGAAUUCCCGCACUCAUGCUGUGUUUAAUAUUGUACUUGCUUUUAUUCUCCAGCUUUGAUGUGCAGUAGCACUGUGCAGAUGCCCUUGUGCCUGGUUCAUUCAUCAGUAUUUGAUCCAGACACUGCUGGUGGCAAGAAUUGGCAUUAAACGGGAGCAGUGGGAGGAACGAUGCAAGAAAAUAACCCACUUUGGAAAACCUAACAUCAUUUUCAUGAGAACAGUCAGCAGGCAAAUAUAUUCCCAGCCAGGUUUAAACCAGCUCUCUACAAAUAUCCUCGUUGAAAACAAUGGAUUCUAGUCUAGCUGUAUUCUCCACACUUGGGAGCCCCUUUUUGGAGGCAUCCGGUUCGCGAAGCCAUUAUCAUCCUUCCCAGACCCAGCCGUUGAAGCAGAAGAAGCAACAGACGGUUCUGAGCCCGUCUCGUUUGCAACAUAGGAAUUGCUCUGUCCUUCCCGAGGAGGCAGAACCAUUGAGUGCUUCAUCCCCUCAUUUACUGCCCGACUCCAGCUCCCAUGAGGGAGGGCCCCCUAAAUCGAAUUCCACAAGCCCCUUCAAUGAGUCAUGGCCCUCAACUGAACGCAGUUCUUCCUCCCUGACUUCAGAAGGCAAAAAGGAUCUUCCAGCACAGCAGUCAUCGGAGGCUAAGACCCUGGAUGCACAAAGGCUCCCAGAUUCUGCCUCAGACAGUGAAUCCAUUAUUGCCAAGUAUAUUGAGCGGUUUCGCUACGGGAAGCCCACUGAUCGUCAAAAGCGCUUGGCAUCUAGUGGCGGUUCAACUGAGUUCUGGUGGCUUAGCCACUCAUUUCUCCCAGACGGAGAAAACUCUAAGAAGGAAGCAUCGCUAUCUUCAGAUAACAGCCAAAGUGAAGUGAGGUCGUCUCUUUUCAGUCCCAUCCUGACUCAAACUGCCUUGGGAGAAAUGCAAGCUGCUUCUGCAUUUGACACUGAGACAGUGAGCCUGCAGGAAAGGGCAGCUAGGGUCAUAAGCAGAAGCAUCUCACCAUUGAGUAGUUUCAGGCCUGUAAGUUCUGGGGGGCUUGAUUCUACUGCUACGUCCACCAACCCAAAUAGUACCCCAGACUUGCCUCAACAUGCUCUACGACACCCUGCAGCACACCAAAUCAAAGAAAGCUUAGGUCUUCCUUAUCAUACCACUCCAAGUUCUAAUAUAGCCCACUCUUUAAGACCAGAAGAUGACAUCCUAUUCCAGUGGCGCCUGCAGCGGAAGAUGGAGGAAGCAAGCAAAGCCGUUGCUGCAAUGCCUCCUGAAGUUUGGAGGAAUCUGUGCUUCCAUCCAACCUGCGCCUCUGGAAAAAUGGAAAGAGAAGUUCUGAAGUCAACUGAGCCAACCCCUUGGAGGGACACCGACCAAAAAAUAUUGUCAACCUCCGAGCCUCACCUAGAUAUUAAAUAUACCCAGAGUCAGUGCCAUCCUUGCUCCUGUGCAGGCAUGCUGAGGAAUGAAAUCACUUCCGGGAAGCGUAUUGAAAUUGUUUCCCCCAGUAAUGGGACAGUGGCAACUGGAGGCCCUGAAUGCAGAGAUGAGCCAAUUGUGAAGGAUCCAACCCCACAAAAAGACCAUGUUCCCGAUUACCUGGAAACAUCUCCUUCAAAAUCUGCAAAAGCCAAUGAGUCUUUGAGCCAAACAACUUCACGUCAUGUUCAGCAGGGUCCAUCUGACCAGGGAAUGCCCCUGGAACUCGGCAGAAGACCAGGGCUAUGCAGAGACAAGCAGAGUCAAGCAAAACCAAUUCCAGGCCCCAGACAGUCGACACGCAGCCCCGCAAAGAAUUCAGUUCAACAUGUACUAUCAGAGGUAGUUGCCGAAAGGCUUUUCUCCCCACCUGACUCUCCAGCUCUUCCUCGGGACAAACCAAAGAGAAGCUCAAGGGCUUUGGGUCCAGAGGAGGCUAUUCCAAAGAAUGCUGUCACCCCUUCCCAUCCCCAACUCCUGAACAUGGCUGCUCAGCUGCUGGAGCAGGCUGAAGACUCAGAUGGCUUGGAAUUUGAAGACGACCCUCUGUUGCAAGUGUUGAGAGGUCAGAGGGAAUCAUUGCGCAACGAACUUCGAGCUGUGGAUUUCCAGAUCACUCAGCUGGAAAGUAACUCCUUUGAUCAGGGCGUCUCUCACCGAUGACCACCUCCUAUGCUCUCUUUGUUGAACCCUGGGUGGUUUAAGGUCCCUCCCUCAAGGCAUUGCUCAGGUCCAGCAUUAUCAGGCACUUCAGGAUGAAUUCAGUCAAAGGGUUUUGAAGGUGUUUUUUAUUUAUUUAUUUAAUUAACUCUAGUGAUUUUCGAUGUCUGUCUGCCCUUAGCAGGCCAACAUUUUCCUAGAAGAUAUCUUGGGAUUGCAGAAUAGCCAAGCGAUGAUGUGUAGGGAUGUCUCCACUUUAUAUUCGGUGUGCUGUUUCCAUGGUUUCGGUGUAUAUUUCACAUUGCGUUUAAAAUAAAUGUGUA